GAAGUGCAGUCGGGAGGGCGGAUCAUCGUGAAGGCAACGACACUACAGACGCCCGAGAAACUGUCAAAAAUAGUCAACAAAAGACGUGCAGCAUGGCGGACUUGAGUCUGGGCGACGCUCUGACUGACAGUGUGCCAGCGCCGGGUCCGGAGGGCCUGGUGGAGCGCGACUUUGUGGCCCAGCUGGAGGCGGAGACCUUCGACGACCAGGUGGGCGAGACGGUGGGCAAGACCGACUACAUCCCGCUGGUCGACGACAAAGACGGCAAGCAGAAAGGACCGGCGAGCAUUGCAGUGACACCAGGGGGACUGAUAACGGCGUCGCACCCCGAGCCUCAGGGGGAAGUGAGGUCGUUUGCGGCUGAACAACAGGCCUUCAUUCCAGACUUCCUACAAGGCGGCCCCAUGGCAGGCUUCUCUGACCAGUGGGGAACCCAGUCCAGCCCCGUUGACCUAAUGGACAGCAGUCCCAUGGGACCCUUCUCAGGCUUCUCCCAGCCGACCGGGGGCGGGAUGAUGGAGGUGGGGGUGGCCCCUCUUCAGGCCGAUCGCCCCCCCAGCAUCGCCGACUCCCAGAAGCCCCUGCCCAUGGCUGCCGAACCCCAGGUACCCGCCAAAGACGGAGCCGCCACCCCCAAAAACCUCAUGGAACUCACAGGUGCCCUGGCAGGUGACUGUGGCUGGCCAGAUGAAGCUGGCAUCGCCACCUCCGACCUGCCCUUCACGGCCAGCGUCUCCACCGUCAUCAGCAGGCACGCCGGCCAGCUGGCCGAGAGCCCCCCUCCUCCCCCACCACCGACAACGCACCAGGACUCGGCCUCGGACGCCCCCUGGUCGCCACGCGAGGAGGCCGGCAUCGGUGACGAGCACGAGCGCGACGCGGACACCCCACCUGCCUCCUCCUCGUCCGAUCGCAACAAAUCACAGAAGAAGAAAAAGAAGAGACGACCCCGCGACGAGUCCUUUGACUACGUGGAGGUCCGAGGCGGGCAAGGAGGCGAGGCGGCCGAAAACACGCCGCCUUCCUCGGCAGACACCCCCAUCAAAUCUCCUCGUAAGGAUGGAGGGAACUGGGAGGAUGGAGGAGGGAGGAGUGGAGGAGGUGGUAGGGUUAAAAAAGGCAAGAGCCGCAAGAAGAUUCCCGAAGAGUGGGCCGUCAACGCAGAGCCCUUCGUCCCGGCGUCAAUCGCCGCAGCCGCUACGGCCCAGGCUCAACCUCAACCGCACUCUGAAUUCGGCGUUGAUUUCCCACAAGAGGCAGCCCCUCUCUCCGCCUCCCUCACCCAAGACCUCCUCUGCCUGGCCCCGGCCACGCCUCCUUCCACCUCCCCAGCCAAUCGGGCGGCGCCUCUCUCUCCAAAGGGCAUUGUGACAUCGUCACCCAUGCCACAGCAGGGUUCCUUCUCCAUGGCUUUCCAGCAGGACUCCCUGAUGACGGAUGAACCAGGUGAGCUCAAAGACGACAACGAAGACGACGCCUUCGCCAUCCCCAAGGAGCUGGCCGAGGCGGCCGAGCUGCUGGUCUCCCCCAUGCGUGGCAACAACAACAGCAGCACCAACCCGUUCAUGGCCGACAGCGGCGUGUACGACGAGCCGUCCAUGUUCGGCCAGGACGACGGCAACCACCACUCCUCCUUGGCGGCGGACGUGGACGACGUCACGCCGCGAGACCCCAUGCUGGCGUUCCAGAGCACCGCCGGGCUGGACACGCCCAUGGAGGCCCUGAUCUCCGCCCCGCCCUUCACGCCCUCCGGGGCGGUCUGGUCCUCCCUCAACGACUCCCAGCAGAGCGCCACCAACCACCACAGCACCAACCCCUUCGCCAUGCCCGGGAUGGAGCCUCUCGACUUCGACACCCCUGCUCCAGCUCCUCCAGCAGCUCCGGAGAUGCCCCUCCUGGCCUCCCCCUCCAAGGAGAAGACGCCCGGGAAGGACGGCAAAGGCAGGAAGUCUCGCACCUCCUCCUCUUCGUCGGCCAAGAGUCCCACCUCUCCCAAGAGCCCCACGUCUCCGAAGCCGCUGCUAGGGUCGUCGCCCUCUCAGAACUCUGGUCUGAACCCCGCUGCGCCCCCGUUCUUCCCCAGCUUCGCUGAGCUGCCCCCGGGGGGGGAGCCCCUGGCUGCUCUGGCCGUACCUGCCCCCGCCGCCCGGCUGGAAGAGAAGACAGAUAAGCCACCAAAAAUGGACGGCUUCCAGACGUUUGACGACUUUGACAUGUUCGAUAAAGCAGACAAGACCAGCAAGCCGGAGUCACAGGGCAACACUGAGAAGAUGGACAUGUUUGGGAAGAUGGAGAACCUUGACAAAAUGGACAAAGACCUGAAAGCGGACAAAGGUGACAAGGCAGAGAAAGACGAACACAAAGAGGACAAAUGGGACAAAAUGGAGCCGGCAGAAUCAAAGGCGAUGACGGACAAAAGUGAAUCGCCUGCGAAGGCUGUUGAAAAGGCCGAAAUGAAAGACGAAUUUGAGAAGGCGAAGGAAGCUGAUAAGGUUGAGAAGGUGGCAGACCUGGCGGCCAUGAAGGCGAAAGAAACUGACAUGAAAAUGGAGAAAGACAAAGAGACGGACAAGGUAGAAAAAGUUGAGAAGAUGGAGGAGGCCAACAAAGUGGAGCAGAAGCCGGAGAAAGUGGAGCCAGAGAAGCUUCUGGACUUCACACCAAAGCCUCUAGACAGCAAGAAGGAAGAGGUGGUGGAGAAGAAGGAUGAAAAAGUGGAAAAAAAGGAUGAGAAAGAGGAAAAGAAGGAAGAGACGCCCGUGAAGGUGGAAGAAAAAGCUGAAAAGAAGGACGGCAAAGUAGAGAAGAAAGAAGAGAAGGUGGGAGAGAAGGACAAAAAGGCAGAAAAGAAGGAUGAAAAGAAAAUGGAGAAAGCUGAGCCGAAGAAAGCCCCAACACCAGCCAAGAAGGCAGAGAGCAAAGACAGUGCAGAGAAGAAGACCGCCAAAGUAGAUAAGGACGUCAAAACCGAGAAGCCUGCAGCCAAGAAGCCUGCAGCUAAACCCGCUACCACACCCAGCAAGGACCUCACCAGCGCAGACAAGAAGACCAAGCCCGCUUCAACGCUGGCGGCCAGAACGGCCACCACCACCGCCAGGCCGCGGCCGAGCUCGGUGGCAUCGUCCACCACUGCCGCUGGCACUGCAGCCGCCCCCAAACGUCCAACCUCCACCACCUCCUCCACCACAGCCUCCACUCUCCUCAGUAGAAAAGCCCCGCUACCCAGGGCCACCCCCACCACCCCCUCCUCCACCAUCCCUAAGCGGCCCUCAUCCGCUACCACCACCACCCGACCCCUCACCUCCUCCUCCAUAGCUUCCAGAGACGUCAAGCCCAAGACCACCACAGAGAGGCGCCCCCCUGUGCCAAAGGCGAGUACUGCCACUCCCGCAGCCCGCACCACAGCAGCCAAGAACGGCUCGGCCACCGCCACCUCGGCCGCCAGCAAAACUGCCACCGCGGCCACCCGCACGUCCCUCACGGCACGCACUACGGCCAGCGCCCCCACGGCACGGCGCUCUGUCGCAGCCAAGACCGACAGCAAACCUGGCGAGGAGAAGAAGCCCAGCACUCUGAGGAGCACAGAGCCCAAGACCAUGUCCAGACCUUCCACCGGCCUGGCAGCCCGCUCCCGCCCCUCCACCUCCUCCUCCGCCACCGCUACCAAGGCCCCUGGAACCUCCACAGUGCCCGAGAAGAAGCCCGCCGUGCCCAGGGUCGCCCGCACCAGCACCACCACCACGUCCUCCACCACUGCCAGUGCCGCCGCCAAGACCCGUCCGUCCACCGCCCCCACUCCAGACGUCCGCAACGCCCGCUCCAAGAUCGGCUCCACAGACAACAUGAGGCACCAGCCUGGCGGAGGAAGGGUUUCAGCGUCGAGCAAGGCCGACCCCAAAGACAAAGUUCAGAUAGUCUCCAAAAAGGUGGACUACAGUCACGUGACCUCUCGCUUGGGCUCCAAGGACAAUAUGAAGCAUGUCCCGGGGGGAGGGAAUGUCCAGAUUCUCAGCAAGAAAGUAGAUGUGAGCAAGGUCACCUCCAAAUGUGGCUCCAAGGACAACAUCAAACACAAACCAGGUGGGGGUGAGGUGAAGAUUGAGUCCCACAAAGUGGCCUUCAAGGGCCAGUCCAAAGUUGGCUCCAUGGACAACGUCAAGCACGAACCUGGCGGUGGCAAUGUCAAGGCUGAGGGGGGCCAGGAGGCAGCAGAGGGCACAGGGGCUCCCUCUAGUGGUGGCCAGCAGGCAGAGCAGCUGCCAGGGGCCAGCCCAGUGCCCGGCCAGACCCAGGAGAAUGGGCUGAAGGAGGGCCCGCCGUGUGGGAGCGAGGGCCUCCGGGACCCCCAGCAGGGCCUGGACUCGCUCAUCCCCGAAACAAAUUGAGACAUUCAAGCUCAACUUCCGUGAGAACGCGCGUUCGCGCACGGACCACGGCGCCGACAUCAUAUCCUGGCCAGCCCUGGGUGACAGCCCCGCCCUCCACCACCACCGAAACCCACACCACCACCGACCACCCUCCACCCCCCGCAGCGUCUCCCUCCACGGCUCCCAGGCGUCCGCAGGGACCCCAGCCUCCCCAUCCCCGUCCCCUGCAUCCCUCGCCUUCUCUCCCCAGGAGGUGGCUGGUGCGUCGGGGGUGAGCUCGUCGAACAACACCACAGGGUGCGACCCUACCACCCCCAACCCCACCCCCACCUCCACCCUUGUAAUUCCCAAACAGCCACCACCCCCACCCCAUUCCAACCCACCUCACCUCCACCAACCAUAGCCCCUCUCCUCCCACGUAACUCCAUGUGUGUCGCUGGUGUCUACUAACCUCGUGUUCCUUCCCUGGUUCACCCAUGUUGGCUGAGUUGGUAUUUGGCUGUAUAUAAUACUGAGCUUCGGGCUGGGCAAGGGUUUUAUGAUGAAGGGGGGCGAGAGGGUAGAGGGAGGGGGGGCGGUUGAUUCUUUUUUUGAAAGGCUUCCUGGAGUUUCACUUGUGCUCGCCUGUAACUCUCGGGUUCUAUGUACUAAACCAUGUUAAAAGAGUUGGGUCAGUGGGACCUUUUGGUUCUGGGGACGGCUUGCUUGUUAAAUGGUUUGUUUGUUUGUUUGUAUGACUCUUUGUUUGUUUAUUUGUUUGUUUUUCCCUGCCGAGUGACAUUGAAGAACCCUCACAGUCUCCCUUCUCAGCCUCGCUCCAUAUUCAUCAGCUCUCACAGCAAACUCAUCUUCUUUCUCCUAAGACUCCAUAUCCCAUGGUCCUCUCUGAUCCAUCAGGCUCAUAUUUACACACGCGAGUGCACAAGUCUUAUUUGCCGUUUUAGCAUCUGGUAAGCACAGUAUAUCCCUCUGGCUAUUACUGGUUUUAAAACAGACGAUAUAAACAGUAAAUUGUGAAUCCUGUUUCCAUGUUCAACACUGACUCUCGUUUAACACUGUCAUGUAUACACACACAACAUGCACCGUAUAGACUUGCUGGUCUGGCAGUAGUCAUUAAGCAUUAAGCGUCCUUACAUUGUGGGUGUCCAGGCUGAAAAUGUGUAUCCCUUCUCAUUUCACACACUGUAACUUCUCCCUUCUUGUGGAAACCCUGUGUCCUGCCUUUUUCGGUAUGAGAGCACUCGCAUUUACGUACAAUAUAUAGUCUCUUUUAGCAGUUAGACUCUUGAAAUCUCUUUAAAACUCUGUGUUUUCGUGAUGCUGUGUUUGAGUGAUAAUUGUAACUCUGAGCUUUUUGUCAUUUUGUUAGUUUCGGUUCUUUGGAACUUGUUUUCCUCAAAGGUUAUUUUUUUCUGGCUUUUUUUUCUUUCUGUAGUCCUCAGCUUUAGUUUGGUAUUUUCUCUACCCUUCUCUCUCUCUAAUCCUUAUUUUCCCCAUUCUCUUGAAGCAAUACAGUGUUUGCCUAUUAAGGAUGUGCAAAUCAUCACAACUCUAUACGCACACGUCUUCAGCCCUACACAGACAGGCAUGCCAUGCCAUGCGAGGAACGUCUUUGAUGUGAGUUAGCAUGUCGUUAAAAAAAGGGACAGAGGAAAACGAACCUGGACUCCAGGUUGUGGAUUAGUUGGGCUAUUGUAAGGUCACAUAUUGGUCAAAUCCUAAUAUGGAUGGUACCAGUGUAAUGUCAUCUGAAACAUAAGUUGGCUUGAUAUCUAUUUUAGCUGUAAUGUUGGUCUACACUUGGAUACAAGACAUGGAAAAAUAAUACCUUUUACAGACUUGGAGUAGGCCUAGAUGAUUUACCUAAUUCAAACUUCUCACUGACUGAGGAGUCAUACUAUUACGAAGAAGCUGGUUAAGUGAAUGUCUUGUGGAUUUCAAAUGACUUUUGAUUCCACGUCUGGUUUAAGAUGUUUAAAAAGGAAGGCACAAGGACGUAGCAGUUGGGGCUGUGGUGGUCUAGCGAAAGAUGUUGAGAACAUGACAGUCUUCGGUAUGUGCCUCCUUCUAUCUCUGUCUCUCUCUCUCUCCCCCUAUCUUAAGAGGAGCAUCAACUCGCUUACGCCUUCUUUAGAAAACAAGAUCUAUUCAAGGGACUGACAUUGACUAACAAUGUUCAACUAAGUAAUACUUAGUCAGCCUAUGUAGAUAUAUAGAGCUUCUGGAGAAUCCCUCUAAAGACUGUGCUUGUGACUAGCUGUGCUUGCUAUCCUAUCGCAGGUGUGCUCUUUUCACAGACGUGGUGUGUUGUUUCGGCACAGGUUUGUUAAGCGUCAAAAAAAGGCAGCCAUAUUGGUGUUUCUUUGGGAGUUUAUGAGUGGACUAUUUGAUGUUGCUUAUUCCUCAAGUAGCAAUUUUUCUUACAGUUGCCUCUGAAUAGCGUUUUGUAUGUGUUGACAGAUAUUGUGUUGUUUUUUUCCCCUUAUAAGAAGCAAACACAUUGAUGCUAGCAUUACAGUGUUGACAUUUGAACUUAUUGUUAUGUAGGCUCCAGGUUCUUCUGAAUGUUCAUGACUGCUGUUGUGUUGAAGGUUAAGUCAGGGUUGUGUGUUUCUUAAUGCGCUCUCAUAGCCAGACACCGGACAAGACCCACAAAGAGAAUGGAGUUGCAAAAAUUGAUACCUUUUUAAUUUGUCUUUGUAGCAAAAAAAAAUUUAGUAAGGAAAUAUCCAGACCUAGCAUCCUGUCACAAGCACAAAACAAUACAUAGCCUACUUAAGGAGGAUGAAUAUUAUGGACUCAUACACUACAAUAUUUAUAAAUCAAAAAUUUUACAUACGUGUUGAGCUAUUCUAAGCAUGCUUCUUUUUUAGCACCUUAUGGUUCAGUGAUAUCGUGGACAGUUAAUGGAAAGAAUAUCCGCUGAUGGCCUAUCGGUUUGAGUAUGUUGAGGUGUUGAAGUGCCCCAGACUUGAGGUUUGAUUGAUUGCCAAUGAAAGGAGACUUUAGAAUCUGCCCCCAGACAGCUUUGAAGUAUUUAUUUUAUUAUUUUAUUUGGAAAAGGGGGUGUCCCUAAAGAAGCUUCUAUUGUUUCUUUGUUGUAGCCAAUACAUAGCAAUACAUUGAAAUAAAAAGUAUGUAAAAAUAAAAAAAUAGAAACGAUUUACUGUGCCGAAGAAUUAUCCCCAAGAAGAAUUUUAAAUUUUCCUUGUUUCGCUUUUAAAAGCAGCAGCAUUAUGGAUGUGAAACUCAUUUGCUUAAUUUUGAGGUGACGUAGGUCUAGAUAUCAGUUCAAUUAUGAAGUUGAUCUGGCCUACCUUGGGUCCAUGCUUGGCCCUGAAUCAAGUAUGGGAAGGUGGGGGGUUGUGUGGUCUGUGGACUGCAGGGGUCUGCAAGAAAUAUGGAACCACUCUCUGCCUCAAUGGCGUAGAUAGUCACUAUGACAGCAAUUCACAGUUGACUGCUACCAGUGUAAUGACAUCGACUCUAAAUUCUUACAGUUACCACUUGAUCACUAACCAAAAUCAUCAAUCACGCUUCAGGCUUGCUGUUCUCCUUCUUUAGUUGCUUAAAUUUAAAUGUAAAUAUAUAUAUUUUACCUGUUUAUAAGCCCUUUAUUAUAAUCAGAUACCCACACCAUUACAGUGCAACAUGAAGUAUUUGAAU